CUGGCCGCCCUGUGCCCCGGAGACCUGAUCCAGGCCAUCAAUGGGGAAAGCACAGAGCUCAUGACGCACCUGGAGGCGCAGAACCGCAUCAAGGGCUGCCAUGACCACCUCACACUCUCUGUGAGCAGGUACACCAGAUGACCGCUAUGAGCCUGGGUUUCCUUCUCCACCAAACAGGAUCACAUUCAUCGCCCUCUCCCAGACUGAGGUACAGUCUGGCUGGGGAAACAUCAGCACUGCUCUGCCCACGAGUGGCCUCUGUGGCUGCCCCACUUGGCUGGUUUCCUGGGCCCUGACUCACCUCCGGCCUUGAUUUUUCAUGGCUAAAGAAAGGAAGCCCUGGUAGUAGUGGGGUGGGGGAGGCAGCAGGGGCUUGUAGGGGGCCUGAGUCAGGAGGUUCCCAGAGGGAAUGAUGUCAGGGGAGGGUAGCAGGAUGGGGGCAGGGUGGAGGUCCCCAUUCCUUCCUUCCUUCCUUCCUUUCCUGGUCAUUUGUUCCAAGCCAAGCAUGGAUGGAGCCAGGGGUCCCCUGACCUGUUCUACUCUGCCCCCAAAUGCUGCCUGGCCAUGGAGCAGACCUGAAGGCAGGAGCUGGCCCGGUGCCCCAGAGGACAGCAAGGCUCAGGCACAGAGGAUCCACACUGACCCUGAGGCCCAGGAUGGCAGUCCAGCGACCAGCAGGAGGCCCUCAGCCACCGGGAUUGGGCUAGAAGAUGGCAGGCCAGGCCUGGGACCUCCUUAUGGGCAGCCAUCUCACCUCCCAUUCCAUCACAAUGGCAGCAGCAGUGAGGCUACUUUACUGACCCAAAUGAGCACCCUGCAUGUGUCUCCACUUCACAGGGGGAAGGCUGGUACCACAACCGUGUCCCUUGGUGCAUCUCUUUUGCCCAGCGCGGACACAGCCAGAGGCCUCCCACGGAGCCGUGACUGCGGCGUGGACCUGGGCUCAGAGGUGUACAGGAUGCUGCGGGACCCGGCCGAGCCCUCGGCUUCGGAGCCCAAGCAGUCAGGCUCCUUCCGCUACUUGCAGGGCAUGCUAGAGGCUGGGGAGGGCGGGGAGCGGCCUGGCCCCAGCGGCCCUCGCAACCUCAAGCCCACGGCCAGCAAGCUGAGCGCUCCGCUGAGUGGCCUUCAAGGACUGCCCGAGUGCACGCGCUGCGGCCACGGCAUAGUGGGCACCAUCGUCAAGGCGCGGGACAAGCUCUACCACCCUGAGUGCUUCAUGUGCAGCGACUGCGGCUUGAACCUUAAGCAGCGCGGUUACUUCUUUCUGGACGAGCGGCUCUACUGCGAGAGCCACGCCAAGGCGCGCGUCAAGCCACCUGAGGGCUACGACGUGGUGGCGGUAUACCCCAAUGCCAAGGUGGAACUCGUCUGAGCUGCUUCCGGAACCUCCCGUCCCCGCUUCUGCUUUUAAUGCCCCGGCGCGGCCCGUGUAAAUAUGUGUUUGCCCCCUGCCUCUCUAAUAAAUUCCCUCUGCUCG